GUGCAAGAUGUUCAUCUUCAUAAAAUGUUCGGUGAAACCAAUUUUUACAAUUUGGUAAAAAUUUCUAAAGCUAAAUUUUUGUAAGUUAAUGUUAAUAACCUUCACAUUAGUAAAUAAUCGUCGCAACAACUUAUAAUUAAAUCAUUACGAUUAGAUAACACAAUAUACUUAUACUAGCGAAGCAUGAGGUUGUGAGUUUUUAUUGAAACAUCGUUGAGUAUCAUGUUUAUUUUAGUGGCAUUUUUAAUACCGUUCUUAGGUACAACUGGUAUCAUUUAUUUCGGUAUAUUCUGUGCCAUAUUCGGUUAUUUCUAUUUCUACGUAAAAAAACGACAAAAUGUUUGGAAUGAAAAAGGUAUCAAAUACUGCAAACCCAAAUUUCUUUUGGGCAACCUUGAAUUGAUUCGUAGCAAAAGUUUCGCCGAAAUAAUACAAGAAAUCUAUAGUAAUUAUCCUGAAGAAAGGUAUCAUGGAUUUUAUCAAUUUCUAUUACCUACCUUGAUGAUUAAAGAUCCUGAAUUAAUAAAACAAAUCACAAUAAAAGAUUUUGAUCACUUCGUUAAUCACCGAAGAUUAGUAAAUGCCGAUGAUGACCUAUUUUGGAGUCGUAAUUUAUUUGCAAGAAGAGACGAAAAAUGGAGAGAUAUGAGGAGUACUCUUAGUCCUUCAUUCACCAGCAGUAAAAUGAAAAUUAUGUUCAAUUUAAUAGAUGAAUGUGCUAAAGAAUUUGUUGAAUACUUCAGAAGUAAAACUUCUGAUACAAUUGAAUUAGAAAUGAAAGACACCUUGAGAAGAUUUACCAAUGACGUGAUUGCAAGUACAGCUUUUGGUUUGGAAAUUAACUCUUUGCAGGACGGAAAAAAUGAUUUUCUACUAAUGGGUGAAGCUGCAACCAACUUUGGGUAUAUAAGGAGUUUAAAAUUCGUACUAUUUACGUUAAGCCCAACAUUAUGCAAGUUGCUAAAAAUGAAAAUUAUUCAAACCAAAGUAGCCAAUUUUUUCUCCGCGAUAAUAAAAGAUACAAUUAGGACACGAAAAGAAAAAAACAUUAUUCGCCCCGAUAUGAUUCACUUACUACUUGAAGCCCAGAAAGGACGCCAACAAGAAGAACACUUAGAUGUUGAUGAAGGAUUCUCUUCCGUAUCAGAAUCAAAACUAAUAAAACAAAACCAAAAACAAGAAAUCACUUCUGAAGACAUCAUAUCACAAGCAUUAAUAUUCUUCCUCGCUGGUUUUGAUACAGUUGCCACUCUACUCAAUUUCUUAUUUUACGAACUCGCUAUCAAUCCAGACAUACAAAAUCGUCUUAGGGCCGAAAUGCAAUCAGCUGGAGAAAAAGUCACUUAUGAAACCCUUCUAAAAUUAAAAUAUUUAGACAUGGUGGUGUCUGAGGCUCUUCGAAAAUGGCCACCAGCUAUAGCCACAGACAGGGAAGUUGCAAAAGAUUACACAAUCGAACCGAAAAAACCUGGAGAAAAACCUUUGUUUCUAAAAGAAGGCAUGCUAUGUUCGAUACCCAUUUGUGCAAUACAUCGCGAUGAAAAAUAUUACCCCGAACCGGAAAAAUUUGAUCCAGAAAGGUUCAACGAUGAAAAUAAACACAAGAUAAAUCCCUCAACUUUUAUACCUUUUGGAGCUGGUCCUAGAAAUUGUAUAGGGUCCAGAUUUGCCCUUCUGGAAAUUAAGUUAUUAAUUUUUCACGUUCUGAAAAAUUUUGAAAUCGUACCAAUCAAAAAAACCCUAAUUCCACUAGUGCUGGAUAAGUAUCAAAUUAAUUGGAAUGUCAAAGGAGGAACAUGGCUAGGGUUGAAGAAAAUUUAGUAUGUCGUCCUACAGGUAACAAAUUCUGUCAAAUAGAGAAUUGAAAAAUAAAAUAAAAUCAAUUAUAAAAUCAAGC